CCGAAAAAUUUAUUUGCACGACACAUGCAGUAUAUAAAGCAUAGGUACCCUGUCAACGUUCUCAUCAACCAACGCCACUUGAUUUCUUCUUUUGCGAGAGAGAAAGCAUUACACAUCCACUUAGAUCAAUGGCUACCACUAAAGUUUACAUUGUUUACUAUUCCAUGUACGGACAUGUUGAGAAGCUAGCUGAAGAGAUUUUAAAAGGGGCGGCUUCCGUGGAAGGAGUAGAAGCAAAGCUAUGGCAGGUACCUGAAACUCUGCCUGCGGAGGUCGUUGGGAAGAUGGGAGGACCUCCAAAGAGUGAUGUGCCAAUUAUUACACCUGAUGCGCUACCUGAGGCUGAUGGUUUGUUGCUUGGCUUCCCGACAAGAUUUGGAAUGAUGGCUGCUCAGUUUAAAGCAUUCUUGGAUGCAACUGGUGGCCUAUGGCGUACUCAGGCACUUGCAGGAAAGCCUGCAGGAAUCUUUUACAGCACUGGUUCUCAGGGAGGAGGACAAGAGACUACACCGUUGACAUCCAUCACUCAGCUUGCUCACCAUGGAAUGAUUUUUGUGCCCAUUGGUUACACAUUUGGUGCUGGUAUGUUUGAGAUGGAGAACAUAAAGGGUGGUUCCCCGUAUGGUUCGGGAACCUUCGCCGGAGACGGCACGAGACAGCCUACUGAGUUGGAAUUGGCUCAGGCUUUCCAUCAGGGGAAGUACUUUGCUGGCAUUGCAAAGAAGCUCAAAGGAUCUCAGUGAUUUUUAUCCUCUAUACGUAAAGAGUGUUGUGUUGUGCAUCACAUUCAGUUUCAAGUUUCUAUAAUGUCCAACAGAAUAAGAUGUUAAUUGAAAAAGAGAGGAAAAAAUAUUAUUAUUAAUGUUUAUGUUCAAUACAAUUGUACUGUGUAUCUUCAAAUACAGUGUUGUUAAUAACAAGAAUUUGCUAAUUGUUGCUGUUUUCAUUGAGAUCACAGUAGGCACAAGAAGCAAUUGGUGCUGCUUUGAUCCACGUUUUGGAAGUGAUGUUAUAGUAAAUGUGUUUAGUUAUUUAUCUGAUACUUUUUUGUAUCAUGGUCUUGGGACAUUUCACA